AUGACCGAGUCGCUUCCGCAAUUAGAGCGGGAAUAUAUUGCGAAAUUAGUUGCGACCCUCAAUGAUAUUCUGACCAACUGCCUUGUCGCUGUCUACCUUUUCGGGUCUGCGUCGUAUGGCGCAUACGAGCCGGGAAUCAGCGACCUUGACGUGCAGGCCAUUAUUUCCUCCCCUCUACCCCGGGCUACCUAUUGGAAACUCGCCACACAGCUAGGCCACAGUGCUAUCCCAUGUCCCGCUCAUAAACUUGAAUUUGUCCUAUACACCAAAGACGCCGUCAGAGCCGCUCAUCCCCAGUUCGAACUAAAUUUCAAUACCGGUGAUGGGAUGACAGAUUAUGUCUGUCUCGACCCCUCUCAAGAAGCGGCGCGCUGGUUUCUUCUUGACAUCGCGUCUGGUCGAGAGAAGGGGGUGGCACUUCUGGGGCCGCCUCCAGCCACAGUGUUCGCUGAGCCCCGACGUGAUAGGGUCGUUGCUGCUAUCGUUGACUGCAUUCAUUGGCACCUCCAGCAUGAACCUACAAGCGCCAAUACUAUAAUGAAUGCUUGCAGGGCCUGGCGGUUUGUGGAAACAGCAAACUGGGGGUCAAAGCUGAGGGCUGGGGACGCUAUCGUAUGCUUAAAUACUCAAAGCAGUAAAAUAUUGAGCAGGCGGACAUCCGACCAUCUAUUGGAAUGGUAG